AUGGAAUACGCAAGACGUCUUGUGCUUAUGCUUGUGAUAGUGAAUGCGUUGUGGUGUGUUGGUAACGCGUUGAGCCCCCGUGGCAAUGGUAAGUAUAGUGUAAAAGUAUAAUAAAUGUUGUAUUUCUAAUACUGAGACGUAAAACUAAACAUAGUGCAAUGUUUAUUACUUGUACGUUUAGCGCAGGUCGUUGUUAUAUUGAUGGAUUUCAUUUUAGUGCUUUAUUCAUUAACUAAUAAAAACAAAUGUGACCUCGAAUGUAACUAGGCAUAUCAAAAGUUAUGAACUGGACUUUAAACAAAUAUUUAUUUAUAUCCUGACUUUAGCACAAGCAAACCUAUGUGCAUUAGUAUACUCAGUUCUAAAUUCAACGUAUUGGCAAUGAUCUACUCAAUGAUCUACUCAUUAUUUGUUCCAAUUAUUUCGCAGCUAGUGGUGUGGUGUUCUGCGCUGAUCCUGGAACGCCAGCAAACGCUCGAAGAGAAGAUCGCCUGAUAUUAUUUCAUCCUGGCAUGAUAGUAAAGUACUAUUGUGAUUUCACGUACAGACUUGUUGGUAUUCGAAACAGAACGUGUCUUGCUAAUGGUUCUUGGUCUGGUGUGCAACCUUCGUGUGAAAGUUAGUAUGGAUGUAAUGUAUACUAAUGACUGUUGCAACCAAAUCACAUUCUCUGAAAAUUCACCUGCCUAUAGGUACCAGUGUUGGGAUAAUAGACCGCGCGGGUAAAGCGACCUUCAUGCAGAAAUGGCCUUCAUGUCCAUUGCAACCCAGUUCACUCAACACUGCUUUGUUAAACGGUAGCAAACGUUUCCUGGUUUGUUCACCUUCAAGCAGCAUGGCUAGGAAACAAUGUUUCCUAGUUUACCCCACCUUUCAAGCAGCAUGGCUAGGAAACAAUGUUUCCUGGUUUAUUCACCUUCAAGCAGCAUGGCUAGGAAACAAUGUUUCCUGGUUUGUUCACCUUCAAGCAGCAUGGCUAGGAAACAAUGUUUCCUGGUUUGUUCACCGUCGAGCAGCAUGGCUAUAUAAGGAAACAAUGUUUCCUAGUUUACCCCACCUUUCAAGCAGCAUGGCUAGGAAACAAUGUUUCCUGGUGUAUUCACCUUUAGCAACAUGGCUUGGAAACAAUGUUUCCUGGUUUAUUCACCUUUAGCAGCAUGGCUUGGAAACAAUGUUUCCUGGUUUAUUCACCUUUAGCAGGCAACAUGGCUUGGAAACAAUGUUUCUUGGUUUGUUCUCCUUUAAAUAGCAUGGCUAGGAAACAAUGUGUCCUAGUUUGCCCCACCUUUCAAGCAGCAUGGCUUGGAAACAAUGUUUCCUAGUUUGUUCACCUUCAAGCAGCAUGGCUAGGAAACAAUGUUUCCUGGUUUGUUCACUUUCAGGAGACAUCAAGCUAGAGAGAAUAGUGUUUCCCUUAUUAAAAAUAAUCUUCUCUUUUUCCUCAGAAUACAUGUGUGAUGAGCUGGAUGCAUUUCCGCCACAGAAUGGCAAGAGAUUUGGGAAACAUUUCACAAUUGGAAGUCAAUUGAAAUUCAGGUGUUCCUCACUCUACAAGUUGAUUGGUGCAAACAUGGUCACGUGUCUUCCUGAUGGCCAAUGGUCGGCAAGAUCCCCGAAGUGUGAACGUGAGUAAAUGAAAGUUGAAGUUACUUCUAAACUGUUCAGCAUUCCAGUGUUACUGCAGAAGGAAACCUAAACUAAACUUGAUUUUUUUAUACUGGAUAGCUCUAUCAGUUCUAAACUGUUCUCCCUAGGCCUAGAGGUCCAGUAAGAAUCAUUUCGAUCAAGGCCAGAAGAACGACCUCCAACACCACAGCUAGAACGAGCGUCUUAGAAAGAGUAAAACUGCAAAGAUUGGUUACUAAAUGUUGUAAAAUGAGGAAAAUACAGUCCUGUGAAGUUCGCAAAUUUUGUAUAUAUUUGUAUUACGCGCGGUCAAAAUAACAACUUUCAACUCAAAAAUGAUGCAAAAUAUAUACAAAAUUUGCGAACUUCACAAGGCUAAAUUUUCCUCGUUUUACAACAAUUCGCAACCAGACUUUGCAAUUUUACUCAUUUUAAGAUGCUCUUUCUGACUAUCUCAUUUUCCUUCUAGAUCGUUGUAAACAAGUGCCUUGUGGUGUUGGCACGAUGUGUAAAAUGCGAAAUCUUUUACCAACGUGUGUGUGUCGCAGCAACAUGGAAUGUUCAUCUAAAUGGGAUCCUGUGUGUGGUAGUGAUGGAAUGUCUUACAACAAUGAGUGCAUCAUGAAAGCAACUGCUUGCAGAACUCGCAAAAAUACUCGACUCGUUACGCACGAUAGAUGUUUACCAGGUCAGUGUAGACGCUAGAUUUUAUUUGAAACACGGACAGGUUUAUUGAAUAAAAAGGCGCUAACCAAGUGUUUUUUAACAGGGAUGGUUCCAGCAUGAUCUGGUGAGGUGCUAUGCCAGCCCUGGUGCCUAGUACGUUGUGUCGUACGCAACUACGCAUUAUAUAUACAGCGGUAUACCACUGCAGCAAUUUCCUAGUCUUGCUUGACUACUGUAUUUGAAUUGUAAUUGUUGUUCAUAGUUUGCUUAAUAUCAUCAUGUUUUACUCAAAUUACUGUACUCAUUUUGUUUCUAAUAUUUUUUGCUUUAUCACGAAAAAUAGUACACACCCCUGCACCCCCUCUAGCCAAGGGCUGGGGGGGGGGAGAAACAGCCCCCAGUAAAUCCAUCCCUGUUUUUUAACAGACGUUUGCCUUAUCUUUCAUUUUUUUCUCUUGGCAGGAGACAGGUGUAGUAUUCUCCCUAUCAGCAAAUGUCGUGCAGCAUUCGAUGUCUAUUUCUACAAUGUUACUGCUGGGAAAUGUCAACAUAUGAUUGCUGGCGGUUGUCAUCCUAGUGGAUGGAAUGGAUUCUUUCUUGAGAAGGACUGUCAAAGUUACUGCGCGGGAGGUAUGGAAUAUGGAAAUAAUUAUGGUUCUAGUUCCAUUUGACCAAACACCAGGGGUUUUCUUCACUGGAUCAAUAAGAGAUGAUCCUUACCAACGUAAGGAUCAUCUUUUAUUGAUCCAGUGAAGAAAACCCGUGGUGUUUGGUGGAUCCUUACUAGAUCUCUAGGAAGAACAGUUUAGAACUAAUAAAGCUAUCUAGUUGUAAUAAAAGUUGCGUUAAUUGUAUGUAGGAAAUAUAAUUUAGAUUGUAAAAAAUGAGGAUGUUUAGUUUAAAUAAAGCUAGUUUAGUUUAGGUUUCCUCCUGUAGUAACACUGGAUCAAUAAGAGAUGAUCCUUACUGGACCUCUAGGAAGAACAGUUUAGAACUGAUAGAUCUAUAUCCAGUAUAAAUAAAGUUUAUUCUUCACAAUAAUCCAUAUAGAUACAUGUAUACUCAAGCGAGACGCAGGACCGUGUGAUGGGAAGGUGACAAGAUGGUAUUAUGAUGCUAAGACGCAAUCGUGUAAAACAUUUAAGUACGGAGGAUGUUUUGGAAAUUCAAAUAACUUCCGUUCGAUGGACGAUUGUAAGAAGAGAUGUGUUUAA